UUCCCUCUACAAAUUGCAGAACCUUUGCAGCUUGUGUCCUCACCUGAACUAGGCUCCGUGAGACUGCCACUCCCCUUCCUGUUAUGAAAGCGUUUGGUGCAGUUGCCAGAGUUAGUUGAUGUUGAUGAGCAAACAUGAAGUGGUGAGAGACCUAUCCACUCUACUCUGCGGGGCCGUGGUGGGGAUAGCAGCAACUCCACAGCAUUCAUAUGUACCUUCUCAUGGUCCAUUUUGAAGCAACAGAUACAUUCUGUGGGUAGCCUUGUGGAUGGCCCCCAAGCAGACCAGAUGGAACAGGAUAGAGCCAGUCAUGCUGAGGACAAGAGACUGAGUCCCGUGUUAUCAAUCCAUUAUCAUCCACAGGAACAUCAUACUGAAUGCUUGUCAAUUAAAAUUGAAAAUGGAGAAAAAGUUCACCAGCUGCCAGCAGUAGUGCAACAACAGGUCAAUGGUGAUUUUAAACGGGGCACUGUCAAAAGCAAUUAUGUGGACAGCCAUGCACAGGGCAAUGAGGAAAAGUUUCAUAACCCUGAAGCUAAGCAAGAGAAGACAGAAUUUCCCAAAUGCCUGCAGAAUGGAGCUAUCAAACAUGUUCUCAGUGAAUCAUCUUCCUGUGGCCUUCAGCAACCCAAGAAAAUCAAGUUGGAUGAAGAAUCAAAUGGACAAGACCCUGAUUUAGAAGAAGACCAGCUAUGGGACUUUGAAGGAGAGAAAUGGUCAGGUGCUGUAAAGGCUCCAGGUUAUGACUGUGAAGAUCCUGGAUAUCCUGAUCUACAGCAACAGAAUGAACACAGCAAAGUGGAAACAAAAAAUGCCAGUUAUAAGAAUGGAGAUAUUUUCUCCCUACUCAGAAGCAAACAAUUGUCAGUUUCAAAUGGUGCUACAGGCUCUUCGCCUUUUAUAGAAAUCCAGCAAGAUGGUUUCCGAGACAAAACACUGCCCCUGUCUUACCCAGAGCAAGUGUUGAUUGAACAGCAAAACAUUGCAUCUCAUGAAUACACCAGAAGAAAUCAGGCCAUUGCUGAGUUGUCUCACAGGAUGACUCAGCCACCCCAUACCUCAGGGCUGACUGUAUCUACAUGGACCUCCACUUCUGCACAGCCUCAAGUGCCAACUGAAAUGACCGUAGAGAGACUGGUCACUCAAAACUACAGUGUAUCACCUGCAUUCAAAACAAUACAUACAUUCAAAACAGAAGGGCAGCUCCAGCAACCUCAACACAAUUUACACAGUGCUCCAGUGAAUAAAAAACAAGAGCCACAGAGCUAUGCAGGGCAGGUACCCAGUCAACGUUAUUCUGCAGUAUCUAUGAAUUGUUUACAGAUACCUAACAGCAUCCCAACCACAAUGUGUUCCACACAGAUGCCAGAAACAACUGACCUAUUUUAUAGCAGGAAUAAAACUAACUACAUUAACGACCUUGGUGCUAUAUCCAGAUCAGAAAGUCCAGCACAAAGUGCAGCGACAGUGACCUUAAACUCCAACCAAACCAACGCCAGUACCACAGAGCACUGCAAGAGAAUCAAUAAUAUUACACGGGAGCCAGACUUGUCUGAUGUCAGACGGUCAUCAGACCAAACAAAUCAUACUGAGUCUGUAAAGCCGGAAAAUACUCAAGUGGAAAUCCCGUGCAAACAAGAACCUGAACAACCUGAUAUGACAAGAAAUUGUAUGAUAGCUUCCUCUCCGAAUAUAACACAACAGCACUGUGCUGAGGCGGCAGUAAGACAUCCAAUUCAGCAAUCAAUUGAACCACCAGCACAUAACCAGACACUUAUACAUGAGGCAUGGCUACAACUCCACCGGCAAAGACAGAUUCAGCAACUGAGACAGUAUAAGCAAGUGCAAGAUGCUCAGGAUAAAUGUUCCUCAUGGGGUGAAUCACAGCCCCAAGAAAUUGCAUCUCUGUCGGAAACCACAGAGGUUUUUUCCCACGAGUGGAGAGGCUCACUGCCUUUGAAUUUACAGCAUCAGCUUCAAUGGCCAAUGCAGAUUUCACCAAAACAGGACUCACCUGCUCAGCUGCAAUACUUAACCAAACACGAAGAAAUAUCAAAACUGUGCAGCAAUAGUCAAACAACUGAUGCUGAGCCAAGAGGAGUUCAACUACAGCAACUUCAAAAACAAUCAUCACAAACUCAGCAGGAGGAAGCACAGUCCUUGACACAACCAAAAUCACAGAUGCAAAUGGUCCAUCAAUAUCGUCCACAGUCUGCGCCGCAGCAGUUGCUGCAGCUAAACCAGGAUAAAACUGACAAUAUGAUAGAAAACAAAUUAGUUCUGCAAAAAAUGGUUCAAUGCCGCCCACAUUCAGUUCCUCAGCAGCAAGAUCAACACAAUCUGGUUAUCCUUAAACCCCAAACAAAACAGUGGCACUUACAGCAAAAUGCACUAACACAGGAACAAAUGGCACAGAUACAAGCAGGGCAGAAUGUACGGUAUCAGUACGGCCCAAACCAACAUGAGAAACUGCCAACCAUUCACCAACAGCAAGUUCAAGAUCCCAAUCCAAAUGCUGCACAAACUUGUGAAUAUCGUGAACCUCAGUAUCAAUGUGGCACAGAGCAGCAAUAUAGUCAGAUUAUAAAACCAGUGAAGUUUAUCAAAACAGAAAAACAAGGGGAAAUAUCGAAUUACUGCCACCAAUCUCACAUCUUGCAGCAACAACAGGACCAGCCUUAUGGUAUAUUCGCUAACAGUUCCAUUCACAGAAAACGUAUUGAGACUCAGUUCAGUAAACUAGUUCCUGCAUAUUGUCACAAUAUAGAGACUAUACCAGAGAAAGCAGACACAUUUUACAGGUCAGAGAACACCAUUACACAAGAUCUCCACAAACCUAAUAACGAUUUGCAUCAAGUUCCAAACGAUCAACAGGAUUCAGUACAAAGCCAAUCCCAAGAACAGGUUCAACAGUUACAGCAGCAAGCGCACCAUAUGUCUGUUAUUCAACAGACACAGCAGCGGCUGAUGCAUCAGCAACAUUCACAAAUACAACAUGGUUUGAGCCAACAAGAUACUUCCCACAAGAUGGAACAGAGAAAUGCAGCCCCACAUAACCGGCACGCAGUGCCAAUGAAAGGCACAUUUCUCAAUCCACGAUACCGUCAGUACCCACCCAGCAUCCAGAAUGAAGAGGAAUUUAAAAAACAUGCAGCACUUAAUUCUCACUUAUUACAACAGCAAGAAAGGAAAAUGUACCAACAAAGAAUGCAGGCUUUCAAAGACCUGCAAAAACCCAUCAAGGUAGAGGAAGGAUUACCAAUACCAUCCUCCAUGCUCCAUCUGCAAAGUGAGCUGGAGGUGAACCCUAUCGAACAUCAGAGCCAACAUUUUAAUUUCGAGCAUCAGCAACAAGAAAGGAGCAUCAUCGAAGCACUAGAGCAGCGUUUCAAACAGUAUCAGCUUUCAUCACCGUUUGAACGGCAAACAUGCGUUAUAAAGUCACCUAAGCAGGUGAAAGUUGAAACUUCAGGUCCUGUGACUGUUUUGUCUACCACUGCACACUUUGAAUCAGAUAUGGGUGGUGACUGCACCUCAGCACAACAGACCAGCUCUUCCACUGAAGCCACACCAACAAAGAAGCGACCAGAAUCCACUUUAAGUAACUUUCUUGAGUCACCCUUGAAAUUUUUAGACACUCCUAUAAAAAGUUUACUGGAUACUCCUAAAAAGAUCCAAUAUGAUGUCCCAGCGUGCAGCUGUUUUGAACAAAUUAGUGAAAAAGAUGAAGGUCCUUACUAUACGCAUCUGGGAGCAGGCCGCAAUGUAGCAGAAAUUCGAGAAAUGAUGGAAAACAGGUUUGGUGAAAAGGGCAGUGCCAUCAGAAUUGAGAAAAUUAUUUAUACAGGGAAGGAGGGAAAGAGCACUCAAGGCUGUCCGAUUGCAAAAUGGGUCAUUCGUCGAAGCGGUGAAGAGGAGAAGCUGCUAUGCCUGGUGCGGGAGAGAGCUGGUCAUUCUUGUGACACUGCAGUGGUCAUCGUUCUGAUUCUCGUGUGGGAAGGAGUUCCAAUAACACUCGCUGACAAACUGUAUGUGGAACUGACUCAAACUCUGAGGAAGCAUGGUGCCCUCACUAGCCGAAGAUGUGCACUUAAUGAAGAACGGACAUGUGCUUGCCAAGGGUUAGACCAGGAAACUUGCGGAGCUUCAUUCUCAUUUGGCUGCUCCUGGAGUAUGUAUUAUAAUGGAUGUAAAUUUGCAAGAAGUAAAGCCCCAAGGAAAUUCAAGCUGCUUGGUGAUGACCCCAAAGAAGAGGAAAGGCUUGAGUCAAACUUACAAAAUCUUGCAACCUUAUUGGCCCCGACUUACAAAAAAUUCGCCCCAGAUGCUUUCAACAACCAGAUUGAAUUUGAGCAGAGAGCACCAGACUGUAGGCUUGGUAAGCAGGAAGGACGUCCAUUCGCAGGAGUGACUGCUUGUGUGGAUUUUUGUGCUCAUGCUCAUAGAGAUCUGCACAACAUGCAAAAUGGCAGUACAGUGGUAUGUACACUUACCAAAGAGGAUAAUCGGCAUAUUGGUCAAAUACCAGAUGAUGAGCAGCUCCAUGUCCUGCCUCUGUACAAAAUCUCUCCGACCGAUGAGUUUGGAAGCACUGAAGCUCAGGAGGCAAAAAUCAAACAAGGUGCUAUUCAGGUUCUGAACUCGUUCCCCCGCAUGGUGAGAAUGCUGGCUCAGCCUGUCAAAAGUGGACGGCAGAAGAAGCAGGAGGCAAAGAAGGCAGCAGCAGUGGCAGCAGAAAAACUCAUCAAUCAGGAGAACAUUAAGACAGAAAAGACUCAUGCGACUGCAACACGCCUGAAUCAGGCCAGCUCAGAGAAUGCCCCAACCAACCAGCAAAUGCCAGGUCCUGGGAUUCCUCCAGCUAUUCAGCAACAUGCAAUGCCUAGACAUCCAGUGGCCGGUUUUUACCAGUCAGCCCCACCAAGUGCUUACCCAGGCUAUCAGUGCAAUGGGAGCACAUCCAUGGACAACUACCAUCAUUAUAUGGGCUCUUACUGUCCCUCACUCACACACCACAUGGAUAUGUACCGCUAUCAGGUUCCAGUGAACAAGCUUACCCUGCCACCAAUUCAGACUCUCUACCAGCAAUUUUCCAACUCUUACAGGUAUGGCAAUAACCAGAUGUGUAUGGGUAGAUUUUGGAACUAUGGUGACUAUGGCAUGCCAGUCAAUGGCUACAGUAAUUGCCAGAUUGAUAACAGAAUACCAACAAUCCCACAAAUUAGAGCAUAUCCUCACUAUGAAUCAUCCCCUCAAAUUGAGCCACAGCUUAUGGAUACUGCUUCCAAACCAGUGUCCAGUUUAGGUCAUCCAAGUCUGGACCAUGCUGCUGUUGCACAUAGCAGCCAAUACCCAGCAUACACAAGCCCAUACUUAGCCCAUGAUCAUCGUCCUGCUAAUUCUUUCCAGAUAGAAAAUAAAGAAAAUGAACUUAAUAUGCUGAGAGCUAACGGUCUCUCAAGACUUCUUCCAUCAAUUAAUUUUGACAUGGCAAACACCUCACAAGCAGGGCUGCCUGCCCCCAUGAUCAAUUCCAGAGUGCCAGAAAUCAUCUCUUCUAUGCCUCCACAGAAUAAUGUAGGUGCUCCAGAAGAGCCUCAGGAAAUCUGGUCAGACAGUGAGCAUAACUUCCAGGAUUCAGAUAUAGGAGGGGUUGCAGUAGCACCAUCUCAUGGGUCAGUUCUUAUUGAGUGUGCAAAGCGUGAACUACACGCAACAACCCCACUGAAAUACCCCAACAGAAAUCACCCAACUAGGAUAUCUCUCGUAUUUUACCAACACAAGAGCAUGAAUGAGGCAAAGCAUGGAUUAGCAAUGUGGGAGGCCAAGGUGGCUGAAAAGGCCAGAGAAAGAGAAGAAGAAGCCGAACGACUAGGUGUGGACUAUGUGCCUACCAAAUCUUACAGCAAAAAAUCAAAACGGGAAGUCACAGAUUCACAUGAACUUGCAGAAGCAGCGCAGCUACGUUUUAUCAAAACUCUUACUCAAAGGACCAUGACUUUUACAACAAACUCAGUAACUACAGCAUCUCCAUAUGCCUUUACACGGGUUACAGGGCCUUACAAUCGCUGGAUAUAGAUUCAUACUCAAUGGGUUACCUCAUAUUCUGUGCAGCUGUUAGCAAGGCAGCUCCACUAUACCCUAUGAGAAAAACAGUGUUUGAUGCAGCACUGGAGGAAGAGCAAAACACCAGCAAAUGGAGGCAGCCUCUGCCAAACCCUGUACUUAGCUCAUUUUUUUUAAAGAGUGCUCACAGUUAGGAUCAAGCCGAAAAGUGUCCUAUGCAAAAGUGCUGUUUCAGAGUGUCAUUCUGAAAUAUAGAUACAAGCAGAAGAAACAUUCUGUAAAUUAAUUUAAUUUAUUUAUGCCAGACACGAGUGACCUCUUUUAUCAUUAAUGAGCCUACUUUUUUGGAAGCAGGGCAAGAGGUAUAACAAACCUCUGGUGCUGAAUAUUUGUACAAUUACCAGGGCAACAUUUAAACUACAGAUUUCCAUCAUGUAGUUUUUAAUAUGGAACAAUUAACAAAGUCUAACAGAUUGUUUUUAUCUUUCUCUAUGUAUUAUUUGCAGUUUGCAGUCAAAUUAGAACAGAUUUUGUUGACUAGUCAGGAAAAAGAAACACUGAAAAGUUUUAAUAUCAUGGUGCUACAUUUUAGAGGUCUUUUAACAUCUUUAAUGAAAGUCUCAAAUGUCAUUCAGGAUUAAAUGGUUUCAUAAUAAAUAAACUCCCUCAGUUCAUGAAUUGAUGCUGAGGUGCCCUCUUAUAUCUCGGGGGUCUUUUAACUUAAAGUUACAAUUGCUGUGUAAAAUUUUUGCCUACAUUUAAAAUGUAGAAAAGUAUUUUGGAGGGUCAAUGAAUUCUGAUUCUGUAGUAAAGAUCCUCAAAUGAGUUUUUGCAGAAUAUUUUGUAAAAUGUUGGUGUUCAAAAGCACUUUGAAUAUUUUAAUCAUUGACAACUUAAAGGGUGAAAAGAGAGGCAUUAAGAGAUUUAUUGUAAAUUAGUAAUGCAAAAAAGUAAUAUCUUAGCCAAAAAUCAUCUAAUGGGCUAAUACAUACUUUUUAAAUGUCACUGAUAACCUUACAGUUUGGGAUUUACUGGAUACAAGGAGAAAACCUUAAAUGAACUUAACAUAAAACACUGAUUCUGGUGCUUGGUAUUCAGUAUGCAGCUAUAUUUGUUAUGUUAAAGUAUAAAGUCCAUACUAAGUCACUAAAGUGAUUGCACGGAUUUAGAGCUUAGUCUUUCAUAUUAACAUUUAGCUCCCAGCAUGUUUUAGACAAUAAUACUAUGGCUAUCUUAGAUCAAUUUAACACAUUUAUAAAUGAAUUAUAUAUUCACUCAAUAGAUUUGAUUUGCAAUGAGAUGUUCUUGUUCGGGUGGAGAUGUAAUGUUUUCCAGUUACAAUGUAAGCAGUGUGUGUUUGAGAGUUCAGAGAACUGAGAACAUACCAGGUCAGAUGAAACAGGGUUAGUUGUAUUACAAUGGAGAAAUCAGGCAGCUGGCUUGCUGUGGUAAUGUUGAAAUCAUUGAUUUGUAAAUAUAAAACAAAAACAAAAAAGAUGAAAAGGUGUACAGUAAAUUAAAUUUGUAAACAGAAUUUUCUUUUCUUUUUUUUACUUAAUGCUUUUACUAUUUUAAUACUGUAAUAUUUUCCUAAUACUUUUUUUAAGCUUUUUUUCAGAAUGGUGCUACUCAAUCUGCUAUGGUUAAAAUGUGAGUUUAGGACAUGCAAAGGGUUGGAUAUGUUCCUACUUGUCAUAUACCUCAGCUCCUGUAAUAGGCAAUAGGAAAAUGAUGAAUUAGUAGUUGGUAGUGUUUUGUACACCAUCAUUGUUUAAUUUAAAAUUAGUCUUUAUGACAUAAACAUACUUUUUCAUUUUGAUACUUGAUAACUUGAAACUCAAUCUUUUGUUCUACAAGAUCAGGGAUAAUACAACUCUUAUAUUCUCCUUAUGCCAAUACAUCACCUGUGUUUUAAUAUCCACCUUUUUAAUUUUUUUUAUUUUCAGGGAUACAUUCACUUUGUUUUAAUCCCUUAUUUUGGAUUUUACGUGUAUAGGGGGGGGAGGGUACAUGUACUUGAUGCUUCUAAAUGAGCGUUAGUAAAGCAGUGGCUUGAUUUUAAUUAUAAGUGGAAAUGCAAAGUGUGUUAUAGUUAUUUCUUCAGAAUUUCAAUAAUGUAUGCACUGAGCUGAUAAAAGGGAAAAAGGAAAUGGAGCAAGUUUGUUAUUUCCAUGGGAGAACGGGGGUGGUAUUUUAAAUGAAAAAAUGAACUGUGUUGUAUAGAACCCAGCUUCAGUAGCAACAUGUCUGUUAGAUGUAAAGUGCAUGUAUAGGGUAUUAGGUUAAUGAUAGCCAUACUUGAAAAUGCUUCAGAGUAGUGUCGACAUUACUUGAAUUAAAUUUCAGCUUGAUUGACGCAUAGCAGUAUAUUGUUCACUUCAAAAGCUAGAGGUUAAUGUAUACUGAAGUGUAGGUUAUUUAGCUGAGUUUGACACUAAAAUCAUUUUUGGUGUGCAUUUUGUAUGUGUUCUAUUCUGUAUUUUACUUUAGCUUUGCUCUUUACUGAUCAAUUGGAUAUGUUGAAAAAAUAAACGAAGCUGGUUAUAAAUACUGUAAGUAAUGUACUAAAAAGCAGAAAGUUAUUUGAAAGCUGUUUAUUAUAUCAUUCCUGAUAAUGCUGAAAUGUGGGUGUUUUUAAUAAAAUUUAUAUUUAUUUAAUGCAA